AGUCACAGGGCCUCUCCUGUGUGUGAUGCCAACUUGGAGUGGCCUGGCACUCUGUACCACCACCCUGCCUGGCUUUGGUCUGAUUUCCCAAGGCUGCUCUUGUCUUCUGCUGUCUUCCUGCGGGUGUGACUCUCAGCCGGCACCAUGAGCAGUGACACAGAAAUGGAAGUGUUCGGCAUAGCCGCGCCUUUCCUCCGCAAGUCGGAAAAGGAAAGGAUCGAGGCGCAGAACCAGCCUUUUGAUGCCAAAACCUACUGCUUUGUGGUCGACUCAAAGGAAGAAUAUGCCAAGGGGAAAAUUAAAAGUACCCAGGAUGGGAAGGUCACGGUGGAAACUGAGGACAACCGGACCCUGGUGGUCAAACCAGAGGAUGUGUAUGCAAUGAACCCCCCCAAGUUUGACCGCAUCGAGGACAUGGCCAUGCUGACGCACCUGAAUGAGCCAGCUGUGCUCUACAACCUCAAGGACCGCUAUACCUCCUGGAUGAUCUAUACCUACUCGGGCCUCUUCUGCGUCACCGUCAACCCCUACAAGUGGCUGCCGGUGUACAACCCCGAGGUGGUGGACGGCUAUCGGGGCAAAAAACGCCAGGAGGCCCCGCCCCACAUCUUCUCCAUCUCCGACAACGCCUAUCAGUUCAUGCUGACUGAUCGUGAAAACCAGUCCAUUCUGAUCACUGGAGAAUCUGGGGCAGGAAAGACUGUGAACACCAAGAGGGUCAUCCAGUACUUUGCAACAAUUGCGGCUACUGGAGACCUCGCCAAGAAGAAAGACUCCAAAAUGAAGGGGACCCUGGAAGACCAAAUCAUCAGCGCCAACCCGCUGCUGGAGGCCUUCGGGAACGCCAAGACCGUGAGGAAUGACAACUCCUCUCGUUUUGGCAAGUUCAUCCGAAUCCAUUUUGGUACUACUGGCAAACUGGCCUCUGCAGAUAUUGAAACGUAUCUGCUGGAAAAAUCAAGAGUGACCUUCCAGCUGAAGGCUGAGAGGAGCUACCACAUCUUCUACCAGAUUCUUUCCAACAAGAAGCCUGAGCUCAUAGAGCUGCUGCUCAUUACAACCAACCCUUAUGACUACCCAUUCAUCAGCCAGGGUGAAAUCCUGGUGGCCAGCAUUGAUGACGCCGAGGAGCUCUUGGCUACAGAUGUGAGUACAGUGUACAGGAAGGUGUGGGGAUGCAUGCUCCAGCACAAGGGACAGCUGACAGAUGUGCUGUUCUCUGAAUGCCAGAGUGCCAUUGACAUCCUGGGCUUCACCCCAGAGGAGAAAUCUGGACUCUACAAGCUGACAGGUGCCGUGAUGCAUUAUGGGAACAUGAAGUUCAAGCAGAAGCAGCGAGAGGAGCAGGCAGAGCCCGAUGGCACUGAAGUGGCUGACAAGACAGCCUACCUGAUGGGCCUGAACUCUUCAGACCUCCUGAAAGCUCUGUGCUUCCCCAGAGUGAAAGUCGGGAAUGAGUAUGUUACCAAAGGUCAAACUGUGGAUCAGGUUCACCACGCUGUGAAUGCCCUUUCCAAAUCAGUGUAUGAAAAGCUGUUCUUAUGGAUGGUCACUCGCAUCAACCAACAGCUGGACACGAAGCUACCAAGACAACACUUCAUUGGUGUUCUGGACAUUGCAGGCUUUGAGAUCUUUGAGUAUAACAGCCUGGAGCAGCUGUGCAUCAACUUCACCAACGAGAAACUGCAACAGUUUUUCAACCACCACAUGUUCGUGCUGGAGCAAGAGGAGUACAAGAAGGAAGGCAUCGAGUGGACAUUCAUCGACUUCGGGAUGGACCUGGCUGCCUGCAUCGAGCUCAUCGAGAAGCCGAUGGGCAUCUUCUCCAUCCUGGAAGAAGAGUGCAUGUUCCCCAAGGCCACAGAUACCUCCUUCAAGAACAAGUUAUAUGACCAGCACCUGGGCAAGUCUGCGAACUUCCAGAAGCCCAAGGUGGUCAAGGGCAGGGCCGAGGCCCACUUCUCGCUGAUCCACUAUGCAGGCACCGUAGACUACAGUGUCUCAGGCUGGCUGGAGAAGAACAAGGACCCCCUGAAUGAGACCGUGGUCGGGCUGUACCAGAAGUCCUCCAACAGACUCUUGGCACACCUGUAUGCCACCUUCGCUACAGCAGACGCUGACAGUGGAAAGAAGAAAGUUGCCAAGAAGAAGGGUUCUUCCUUCCAAACUGUCUCUGCCCUUUUCAGGGAAAACCUGAAUAAGCUGAUGUCAAAUUUAAGAACUACCCACCCUCACUUUGUGCGCUGUAUAAUCCCCAAUGAAACCAAAACGCCUGGGGCUAUGGAACAUAGCCUUGUCCUCCAUCAGCUGCGGUGUAAUGGCGUCCUGGAGGGCAUCCGUAUUUGCAGGAAGGGAUUCCCAAAUAGGAUUCUCUAUGGGGAUUUUAAACAAAGAUACCGAGUGCUGAAUGCCAGUGCGAUCCCUGAGGGACAAUUCAUUGACAGCAAGAAAGCUUGUGAAAAGCUGUUGGCAUCUAUCGAUAUUGACCACACUCAGUACAAAUUUGGACAUACCAAGGUGUUCUUCAAGGCUGGCUUGCUGGGAACCCUGGAAGAAAUGCGGGACGACCGCCUGGCCAAACUGAUCACCCGAACACAAGCUGUGUGCAGAGGGUUUCUCAUGCGUGUGGAAUUCCAGAAGAUGGUGCAGAGAAGGGAGUCCAUCUUCUGCAUCCAGUACAACAUCCGUUCAUUCAUGAACGUCAAGCACUGGCCCUGGAUGAAGCUCUUCUUCAAGAUCAAGCCCCUCCUCAAGAGCGCGGAGACUGAGAAGGAGAUGGCCACCAUGAAGGAAGAGUUUCAGAAAACCAAAGAUGAACUGGCCAAGUCAGAGGCAAAAAGGAAGGAACUGGAGGAGAAAUUGGUGACUCUGGUCCAAGAGAAGAAUGACCUGCAGCUCCAAGUACAAGCUGAAAGUGAAAACUUGUUGGAUGCAGAGGAAAGAUGUGAUCAACUGAUCAAAGCCAAAUUCCAGCUGGAGGCCAAAAUCAAGGAGCUGACUGAGAGGGCUGAGGAUGAAGAAGAGCUCAACGCCGAGCUGACGGCCAAGAAGCGGAAGCUGGAGGAUGAAUGUUCGGAGCUCAAGAAGGACAUAGAUGACCUUGAGCUGACACUGGCCAAGGUGGAGAAGGAGAAACAUGCCACCGAGAACAAGGUUAAAAACCUUACUGAGGAACUUGCCGGGUUGGAUGAGACGAUUGCAAAGUUAACCAGGGAGAAGAAAGCCCUCCAAGAGGCCCACCAGCAGGCCCUGGAUGACCUUCAAGCUGAAGAAGACAAAGUCAAUUCUUUGAGCAAAAUCAAGAGCAAACUGGAGCAGCAAGUCGAUGAUCUGGAAAGCUCCCUAGAACAGGAAAAGAAGCUCCGUGUAGACCUGGAAAGGAACAAAAGGAAGCUUGAGGGUGACUUGAAGCUUGCCCACGAGUCCAUAUUAGACCUGGAGAAUGAUAAGCAACAGCUGGACGAAAGGCUCAAAAAGAAGGAUUUUGAAUAUACUCAACUGCAAAGCAAAGUGGAGGAUGAGCAGACUCUGGGCCUCCAGUUUCAGAAGAAAAUCAAAGAGCUCCAGGCUCGAAUUGAGGAGCUGGAAGAGGAGAUCGAGGCCGAGAGGGCGACCCGCGCCAAGACAGAGAAACAGCGGAGUGACUAUGCCCGGGAGCUGGAGGAGCUGAGCGAGCGGCUGGAGGAGGCGGGGGGCGUCACCUCCACCCAGAUCGAGCUCAACAAGAAGCGCGAGGCCGAGUUCCUGAAGCUGCGCAGGGACCUGGAGGAGGCCACCCUGCAGCACGAGGCCACGCUGGCCGCGCUGAGGAAGAAGCACGCAGACAGCGUGGCCGAGCUUGGGGAGCAGAUUGACAACCUGCAGAGAGUCAAGCAGAAGCUGGAGAAGGAGAAGAGCGAGUUCAAGCUGGAGAUCGAUGACCUGGCCAGCAACGUGGAGAGCGUGUCGAAAUCCAAGGCAAAUCUGGAAAAGAUAUGCCGGACCCUGGAGGACCAGCUAAGUGAGGCCAGGGGCAAGAAUGAGGAAAUUCAGAAGAACAUGGGCGAGCUGACGACACAGAAGGCUCGCCUUCAGACUGAGGCCGGAGAGCUGAGUCGUCAACUGGAAGAAAAGGAAAGCAUAGUCUCCCAACUUUCCAGGAGCAAGCAAGCAUUUACCCAGCAAAUAGAAGAGCUCAAGAGGCAGUUAGAGGAAGAGAGCAAGGCCAAGAAUGCCCUGGCGCACGCCCUGCAGUCCUCCCGCCACGACUGUGACCUGCUGCGGGAACAGUACGAGGAGGAGCAGGAAGCCAAGGCCGAGCUGCAGAGGGUGCUGUCCAAGGCCAACAGCGAGGUGGCCCAGUGGAGGACCAAAUACGAGACGGACGCCAUCCAGCGCACAGAGGAGCUGGAGGAGGCCAAGAAAAAACUUGCUCAGCGUCUUCAAGAUUCCGAGGAACAGGUUGAGGCAGUGAAUGCGAAAUGCGCAUCCUUGGAGAAGACCAAGCAGAGGCUGCAAGGAGAAGUCGAGGAUCUGAUGGUUGAUGUGGAAAGAGCCAACUCGCUGGCUGCUGCUUUGGACAAGAAGCAGAGGAACUUUGACAAGGUGCUAGCCGAGUGGAAAACAAAGUGUGAAGAGAGCCAGGUGGAGCUGGAAGCAUCUCUGAAGGAAUCCCGCUCCUUGAGCACCGAGCUCUUCAAACUGAAAAAUGCCUACGAAGAAGCCUUAGAUCACCUUGAAACGGUGAAACGAGAAAAUAAGAACUUGGAGCAGGAGAUAGCAGAUCUCACAGAACAAAUUGCUGAAAAUGGUAAAACCAUCCAUGAACUGGAGAAAUCAAGAAAGCAGAUCGAGCUGGAAAAGGCUGAUAUACAGCUGGCUCUUGAGGAAGCAGAGGCGGCCCUUGAGCAUGAAGAGGCCAAGAUCCUUCGAAUUCAGCUUGAAUUGACACAAGUGAAAUCAGAAAUCGACAGAAAGAUCGCCGAGAAAGAUGAAGAGAUUGAGCAGCUAAAGAGGAACUACCAGAGAACGGUGGAGACCAUGCAGAGCGCCCUGGAUGCCGAGGUGCGCAGCAGGAACGAAGCCAUCAGGAUCAAGAAGAAGAUGGAGGGGGAUCUGAAUGAAAUUGAGAUCCAGCUGAGCCACGCCAACCGCCAGGCGGCAGAAACCCUCAAACACCUGCGCAGCGUCCAGGGCCAGCUGAAGGACACGCAGCUGCACCUGGACGACGCCCUCCGGGGCCAGGAGGACCUCAAGGAGCAGCUGGCCAUCGUGGAGCGCAGAGCCAACCUGCUGCAGGCCGAGGUGGAGGAGCUGCGGGCCUCUCUGGAGCAGACGGAGAGAGCCCGGAAACUGGCUGAACAGGAGCUCCUGGAUGCCAACGAGAGGGUGCAGCUGCUGCACACCCAGAACACCAGCCUCAUCCACACCAAGAAGAAGCUGGAGACGGACCUCACGCAGCUCCAGAGUGAGGUGGAAGACGCCAGCAGGGACGCAAGGAAUGCUGAAGAGAAAGCAAAGAAGGCCAUCACUGAUGCGGCCAUAAUGGCCGAGGAGCUGAAGAAGGAGCAGGACACCAGCGCCCACCUGGAGCGGAUGAAGAAGAACCUGGAGCAGACGGUGAAGGACCUGCAGCUCCGUCUAGAUGAGGCUGAGCAGCUGGCCCUGAAGGGCGGGAAGAAGCAGAUCCAGAAACUGGAGACGCGGAUCCGAGAGCUGGAGUUUGAGCUUGAAGGGGAGCAGAAGAAGAACACUGAGUCUGUCAAGGGUCUGAGGAAAUAUGAGCGGCGGGUCAAGGAGUUAACUUACCAGAGUGAAGAGGACAGGAAGAAUGUGCUGAGGUUACAGGAUCUGGUGGAUAAACUUCAAGUGAAAGUCAAGUCCUACAAGAGGCAGGCUGAGGAGGCUGAUGAACAAGCCAACGCUCAUCUCACCAAAUUCCGAAAAGCCCAGCAUGAGCUCGAGGAGGCUGAGGAACGUGCCGAUAUUGCAGAAUCUCAAGUCAAUAAGCUUCGUGCUAAGACCCGAGACUUCACCUCCAGCAGGAUGGUGGUCCAUGAGAGUGAAGAGUGAGUGAUCCUCUUCUGAACAGGACAGAAAAUAUGCAAAAUGUAUAUUUUCAUGAUUCCUAUCAUGCUCAAUUUCCAUGUGACUGCUUUUCACCUGCAUUAAACUUUGUUUUCAAUUUGG